AUGUCUCCUUAUCAAGCAAAUCUCUCGCACGACGGUCAGAAAUGGACCGCAAAGGAUGGGCUUACCCGGGGCCUCCCGACUUAUGGUGUCAUCAAACCCGAGAGUCACAUUCGACAGCAGAGCAACAACGACAAAAUAUGGGAGGUAAUAGUCAUCGGCGCUGGUUACACCGGUUUAAUUGCUGCUCGUGACCUCGUCAAGGCUGGCAAGAAAGCGCUUCUCCUCGAAGCCCGCGAUCGUGUCGGUGGCCGUACCUGGAGUGCUCAGGUCGACGGUACCACGUACGAGAUGGGCGGCACUUGGGUGUCGCACGUCCACGGCCGUCUGUUUGCCGAGAUGCAAAGAUAUGGUCUGAAGGACGAGGUGCAGAUGACGCGUACGGACGACGGCGGUUGCUCUUAUUUCACCCUCGAUACAGGGUCGGGCUCGCGGAAGCUCUCACUCAAAGAGGCCAGCGAUAUGACCAUGCGGGCGUGGAGGAUCUUUGUCAACUUUGACGGCAACGACGGUCGGUCCAUCUGUCCACUGCCAUACUCGACCCUGGGCAAUUCACGGGUCACGUUUGAACAGGUCAAGGCCGUCGAUCAACUGUCGUGCCGUGACCGCAUCGAACAGAUCCGGGACCAAUUGAGCGCCGAUGAACUUGCCCUCCUCGAGUCCCUCGUCCCUCACAUUUGCGCGGGAGCCGUCGAGGACGUCGGUUUCCUAGAGAUGCUUCGCGCCCAGGCUCUACAAGGUUUCACCCCCGAGACGUUCGAAGAGGUUUGGACGUUGUACAAGAUCCGAGAGGGCCAGUCGACACUCGCCCGCCGCGUUUUCGACGAUGCGGUUAGAUUGGGUCUCCAGUAUUCCUUCAAAACCCCCGUGAAAUCCAUCGUUCAAGACAAACAGGGCAUCGUCUCGAUCACGACGACAGCCACCGGCGGCGAAACCACAACCUACCGGGCCAAGCGCGUCAUCAAUACCAUCCCUCUCACCGUCCUUUCCACGAUCCACUUUGAUCCUCCCCUCUCGCCUCUCCGCCAGGAGGCCAUCAAAAUUGGUCACCUCAAUCACCUCACCAAGAUUCACGCCGAAGUCGAAGGUGACCUUCGUGGUCUCCGAGGAUGUACGUGGCCCGGCGACCUCCUCUAUGUCUACGGAGACGGCUUCUGCGCCGGAGAAAAGUCGACCCGGAUCACCUCGUUCGCCGGCGACAAUCGAGGUAAACUCGAUCCACUAAAAGAGCCCGAGAGGCUCGCCACCGCGCUACAACGAUUUCAUCCCAUGAACAUAAAAAAGAUCGUGUUUCACGAUUGGCUGUCGGAUCCUUAUUCGAUGGCAGGUCCGGCCUGGUACCGGACUGGAUAUCUCACCAAGUAUCUGGCCGAACUUCAGAAACGCCACGGCAAUGUGCUGAUGGCAAACUCCGACUGGGCGUCCGGAUGGAGAGCUUUCAUCGAGGGAGCGAUGGAACAGGGCGCUCUCGCCGCCGAUACCGCCAUGGACGAGGUGGGCAUUCUUGGUGCCAACACACCUCCCUUGUCAGCUCAGUCCAUGCUGUAA